UCUCGUCCAAGGUGUGCGCGGUUGCUGCAGGCGCUUCAUACCGUCUCCGGCGGCAAAGGGUGUUCCCUGUGAUUCUUCGGACGACGUGAACAGAGAUGGCCACCGACAAGGAUGAGCUGGUGCAGCGGGCCAAGCUGGCCGAACAGGCUGAGCGGUAUGAUGACAUGGCCGCCGCCAUGAAAAAUGUCACAGAAACAGGCAAUGAACUCAGCAAUGAGGAGCGGAACCUGUUGUCUGUGGCCUACAAGAACGUCGUUGGCGCCCGGCGGAGUUCGUGGAGGGUCAUCUCAAGCAUAGAACAGAAGACUGAAGGCAGCGAGAAGAAGCAACAGAUGGCGAAGGAGUACAGAGAGAAGGUGGAGAAGGAGCUCCGGGAAAUCUGCAAUGACGUCCUGGCCCUGCUGGACAAGUUCCUCAUCCCCAAGGCGUCAACGGCCGAGUCACAGGUGUUCUACCUGAAGAUGAAGGGCGACUACUACCGGUACCUGGCCGAGGUGGCCACCGGCGACGCCCGGACCGCUGUUGUCUCCGACAGCCAGAAGGCAUAUCAGGACGCUUUUGAUAUUGCCAAGUCCAAGAUGCCCUCGACGCAUCCUAUCAGGCUCGGUCUGGCCCUCAACUUUUCAGUUUUCUACUACGAAAUCAUUAACUCACCCGAUAGGGCUUGCCACUUGGCAAAGCAGGCGUUCGAUGACGCAAUCGCAGAGCUCGACACGUUAAGUGAAGACAGCUACAAAGAUUCAACCCUCAUCAUGCAGUUGUUGAGGGAUAACCUAACGUUGUGGACGUCAGACGCUCAGGGCGAGGGAGAUGAGCAGCAAGAGGGUGGCGACAACUGAUGAACUUAAUUGAACUGUCGUGUGAACUAUGUAUUGAGCGUGCGGAUCGCGCCUGGGCAGGAGGUCUCGGAUCUACACGUCUACUCCUCGCUGUGCUCGGUCCGGCCAGAUCAGGAAUGCCCGCUUCGAGAGUGCUUUCUUUUGUAAAGGCUGGUUCAGUAUGGGCAAUGUGACACUGUUGGGUGGUGUUCAUGCAGCAGAACGGGGAUUCAAAAACACCGCGGCGAAGUCCCGGAGAGGCGGGAGGCGAACCUGACGCCGCCUCGUAGGUCAUUCCAUUUGCACCUAUUAUGUCAGUGUAAGUGAUUGCGUUGCUAACAUCUGCAAACUUUGCUCACAAGUUUUAUAAGCCAGCAGAGGUAGAUAGUUGUUUUCUUACCAAAGUUUGCAUGUUUUGUUCGUAACCUGCCGUUGCUGAUGUGUUUGGAAAUCUUGCUUUUGGGCAAGCGUUUUGACCGACGGCAUGUGUCUAAAUUGGGAAGUGUGACUACCUUUUGCCCGGGCAAGUGCAGAAUCACGACGCCGAACUUCCCCUGCGUAUUGGAAUGGAUUGGUCCCGUUCUGCGCAAAUAGGGUUUUGCCCGGGUCUCACUGCAAUCGAUCAAAGCGAAAUCGGCGCGUGCUGCUGUUUGAUCGAAACGAAUGACUUUAUCAGAUGCCGUAUAUGUUAUGUUGAAUGUGGAGUAGUUGUCAACUAUUUUUGGCUCGAAAUUUGCUGUUUCAGCGCGUCCGCUAGUUGGCUGUAAUUUGUCCGAUUUGUCACUAUUCCUCGUACCGGUAAACAAUAUAAAACACAAAAUUCGG